AUGCCGUUGCGUUCACUGCCCGCGGGGGACCUGGCCCAAAGCAUCGCUGCAAAGCAGCGCACCAGUACCAUUUUCGACGACACAGCUCCCGUGCGUCGUCCCAGUGCAUCCGGAACGGACCAACAAACUCAGCACUUUGUCAGAAACCUUCGAACACACACUCCCCGCUCCCCCUCAGUCAGCCGCUCCACAUCAAGUCUCGCCGGCCAGCCUCAUGGGCGCGCCGAGCGAAACUACAUGAAGGCAACCAGCAGCUCGCGCCGCCGCAGCAGGAAUGCAGGACUCGAAGAAGACGGCAUGGGGAGCGAACGACCUCAUCAGAUCCCUGCGCCAUCAAAUUAUUCCCCGGCUGCUUCCCGGCGACGCGGGCAAAGCCCAUGCAGAACUCUUGUUCCACGUGUUGCUACCCUUCCAUUGCAUACAACGACACGGGUUGCCUCCGUCCGCCACGCCCCUCCUUUACCCCCAUGCCGGGCCCCUUCGGUUUCUAGGGGCCUACAACUUCAGCAACCUCUGUCGACCAUUUCUAACGGUGGCCUCCGUCAGCAUGAAGGGUCUUUGGCGGGCGUUUCGACCAAUUCCUGGCAGCUUGAGAACGGUCACAGAAGUUCUCUGCCGAUACCACGGCAGCAGCAGAAGCAGCAACAGCAGCAGCAGCAGCAGCAGCAAAAAAUACAAGGGUGUUUGAGCAGCAGCUGGACUGUUCGUGACCCGCUUACGAGCGCUGGGAAUGCACAUGCUGAUAUGGUAGAAGCUGAUGACGGGUCUCUGCAGCUUGAUGCCUCCGACCAGCAGGAGCUUUCACAGUUAACAGCUUCAUUUGAAAGGACAGGCCUCUGCUGCUACACAGAGACCUCCUCCCAAACCAAUACUGCCUGUGUUCCCUGUUGUGGUUCGACUGCUGCACCACUGCAGGGCAGUACAGAAAGUCAGUCACACCUCCCAGAAAUCCCGAAGGGCCUGAUCGAAUCUCUCACAAUGGUGAAGCGUCACCAACACAUGCAGGGGCCCUCAACUUUAACGGGUCAAGCUAUUGGCCAGCAUCAGCAUCAGCAGUCCCCUCAGCCGGAACCCCUGCAGCAGCAGCAUCAUCCGCGGCAACAGGAACCGCAGCAGCAGCAACCGGCGCAGCAGUCGGAACAGCAGCAGGUGGUGCCACGGCCUUGGCCUUGGCCUCCCCAGCCCCAGGAGCCAAGCACUGGGGGCAUUUCCAUUAGGCGUGUGGAGACGUUGGGCUGUAUGAGUUCAGCUCCUCAGAGUGAAAAGAGACCUGGCGUGGCCGUUUCUGCCUUUGGAAUGGCAGCAGCACCAUCAGAGUGUAGGGCUUAUGAAGGCUUCUGGAAGCUGGCGGGCAGUCUGAAGUCUUGCUUGCGGUUCAUUGUGGUGUUGAUUGUCUGUCUUUUCCGCCUGCUCAACACUUCGUACGAUACAUGGAGCGCUUCCCAGUUCAGGAAAGCUUUUGAGGAGGUAUUGGCAGGCCCUGCCUACAGGGGAGGCAGCGCGGACACUUCAAAGCUACAGAGCGGGCUCAGACGCAUUAGUAUGGGGUCCACAGCUCAGCAGCAACGGCCACAGCAGCAAAAGCAGCAGCACCAGAGUCAACCGCGCUAUUCUACCAGGAAUUCAACUAAUGCGCACUCUAGUGUGGGAGGUGUGCAACAGCGUGAGCCAGACACUGGCAGGGCUACACACGCGCGAACGGGAGGGCUUCCCUUCGCCAAGGCUUGCAAGGGAACAGCGGGUGAGACCUUGGGGUUCCACCGUCCUGCAUUGAAGGUAAUAUCUUUGAUCGUGGCAGUUGCCUCUCUUUUGUGCUGGUUGUUCAUUACAACUGCGCCAAAGGAGGAGUUUGUAGACUUUGACUUCAUGUAA